ACGCCAGCCGCUCCGUUCCGUUAGGUUGCUCACGGUGAUAAGUAACGGACAGGUCAGAGGCAGUCGUCAUUCGUUACCGAGGAGGACCGACGUACAGCGGACUUUGACGGGAGGACAGCGGGGUCUCCCUCUCUCAUAAAACACCGACACCGUGUGUAAAUGCUCGCAGACAAGAUGAUGAUCUCCCCGUGGGACCGCUGGUACUCCACAAGCUGCUGUCUGUGCUGCCAUGUCCGCACAGGAACCGUCAUCCUGGGGGUCUGGUACAUGCUCAUCAAUGCCGUGGUGUUACUCAUCCUGCUCACAGCGCUCAAUGAUCCUGAGCAGUACCACCUGACCAGCGCUGAGUUGGCUAAUGACCUGGAUGUCAUGGAUGAUGCCAACAUGUGCAUUGCCUCAGCGAUCUCUCUGCUGAUGAUACUCAUAUGCGGGAUGGCAACAUAUGGUGCAUACAAGCUCCGUGCGGCCUGGAUCAUCCCAUUUUUCUGCUACCAAAUAUUUGACUUUGCUCUCAACACCCUGGUCGCUGUCAGCAUUGUGGUUUACCCAAACACUAUACAGGAUUACCUGCAGCAGCUGCCUGAUAACUUCCCCUACAAAGAGGAGAUUGCUGCUCUCAGUAACAUCUGCUUGGUCCUCAUCGUGCUGCUCUUCAUCGGCUGUAUUCUCGGCUUCAAGGCCUACCUGAUAGCCUGUGUGUGGAACUGCUACAGGUAUGUGAGCAGCCGGGGGACUUCUGAAAUCCUGCUCUAUGUCACCACCAAUGACACCACGGUGCUGCUGCCUCCGUAUGACGACAGUGUCAGCGUCCCUCCCAAGCAGGCCCCUCCACCUUACACCACAGCAUGAAAACAUUCCCAGCAUCCUGCUGACUGGACCCUGCUGUUAAUGAAAUUUAUGCACCACACUGCCUCUCCAGUGUACAGUAUAUUCAUGGGUAUAUUGUUGCUAUACACACAUUACAGUACAGCCAUGCAUGCACUGACACAUACAAAAUCAUCUCACACACACAUAUGCACACGCACGAACCUCUACCACCACCGUGACCUCUCAUCCCUUCCUGUUAUUUAUUCAUAUUGUUGAUACUGUAACUCUUCCAUGUAUUUAUUCUGUUUCUGUCAGUAUAAUUCCAGAAAUGAUGUGCAUUUUUAUGCAUUUGAACCUGGUUGUAAUAAGAAAGUUUGAUAGAUAGAUUCUAUAUAUUUUUAUUAAUUCUACUUAAAGCUGUGUAUGUACAUGUAACAGUAUUUUAUGUGUCCUACCUUUGAUAGACAUAUUUAACUCAUGCACAAAUGCAAAAAUGACUUAUGAUCUUAUUGCCGGCAGUAAUGAGUGAAGAGUCGUCACGUGUUUCCUGUCUGUCUUGUCUCUGCUCGUGAUCAUGGUUGGAUUGCCUUUAUUCAUGACUUUCUCUCUGACGGGGUGUCCUCUAUAGAUCCAUGUGUGAAGUGUCACCUUGAAUGGAAGUUUUUCCCAAAGAAACGCAUCUGCCUGUAUUCUGACAUGAUCAAAGAGCAACCUAGUGUACAUUGAACAUAUCACCUUCUUCGACUGCAGACAGGAUUGUCUUGUGUUAUAAAAAUCAGGAGUGUUGAGUUGAGCUUCAUAACUUUUAAAUGUAUUAGUGCGUUUCUACUGAUUGACGAGCCGAUGUCUCGGUCUGCUAUUUAUCUAUUUUGACAGCACAGAAGUAGGACUGAUCUGGAAUCAGUUUGCUCUUUGGAGUCUUCAUGAAUGAGUUGCUCGAGGUCUCUACGUUCAGGAGCUCAGUAAAUAUGGACCCUGGUUGUGUUUUUUCAAUUAGGCCAAUGAGAGCUUCUGGUCCGUGUAAACACACAAGUCUGUUCCACCAGAUGCAGUUAUUGGCAAGCUGCUCCCUGGACACAAAAUGUCCUGCAAGGACACAAGAGUCAAACCCAAGGACUGCUGCUGUAUGAAAAAAAAGAUGUGACAUUUAUUUGUCUAUUAAAAUCUAAUAUCACUGA